GGCAAAGCGGACUAGGUUCGUUCAAGUCCACUCGCUAUCUAACGCAUCACAUCUCCUUCCACCACCCAAAGGUGCCGUUAUGGCUUCGACGCCUCGUUGGAGAGCAGCUCUUACAAAGGCUCUCAACCUUCCCGAGAAUAAGUACCAGAAUGUCUACCAACUCGCGACUGUCGAUGCGAACGACGAUCCCCGCUCGCGCACGGUCGUGCAUCGCGACAUCCUGAGCCCAGAAGGAUAUCAGAAUCUUCCUAUCCUCUUGACCACCACGGACGUCCGGACCCCGAAGGUGUCGCAAAUACGCGGUCACCCUCGCGUUGAGAUUACCUGGUGGAUGGGCGGCUCGCAGGACCAAUGGCGCAUCUACGGUCCUGUUCGCCUCGUUCCGUCACCGGACGUCAAGAUAGACUCUAGAAGCGCCUCGCAGCCUUCUCUGGCACUCGACCGCAUGGACGAGCAGGGCUUCGACUGGGAGAAGAAGCGCUUGGACGUGUUCGACGGCAUGAGCGCGCACAUGAAGGCCAGCUGGUGCCGCCCGCCUCCCGGUAGCACCAUCAAGUCCUAUGACGAAGCGAAGAAGUGGCCCCAGACCGUACCGAAGCUCGGCGAGGCCGAGACAGAUGAAGACAAACGCAACCAAGAGCAGGCCCUACGGAACUUCGCUCUCGUCCUCGUCGAGGCGGUGGAGGUCGACUGGGUUCAGCUGGCCGAGAAGCCAAACCAGCGGACUCGAUUCACGCGGAACGGAGAGGAGUGGAAGGAGGAGAUCAUAGUUCCGUAACGCUUCAGACGGCGCGUCGUCUUUAUUCAUCAUACAUGUAUAGUCUCAUCAGGAAGGCACCUCUGUGUCUGGGUGCAGCGUCUUUGUAUUCAGAAAUCUGUACCAGUAAAUGAUUGUAAACGAUUCGGGAAAUACCCCUUG